ACCUUUAAGGGCGCGCGGUGGAGGCGAGAUAGAGCAGAAAAGGGUUUAAAAAUAUCGUUUUGAGAAUUUUUGAAUUUUUUUAUUUUUUUUGGGACAUUUUUUCCUUAAAAUUUUCUUACAAAAAAUAAAUAAAUAAAUAAAAAAGGAGGAGAAUUUUUUUCGGGAAGGCAAGAAGAGGCAGGUAACACAAGUGGUCGGAGCGAAGAAGGAGUCUUAUUUUUUUAACCCCCCCUUCUCCCUAUUGCCGAAGCGAGAACACAGGAAACUUGUGGUUUCCUUAGCUGUCUGUGGUAGCCGGACUGGGCCGGGGCUCUGGAGUCGCUGCCAAAGCAGCACAUGGGAAGGAGCGGCUGGCCUCUGUUUACAACAUGCCUUCCUGCAUCCCGAGGGAAAGCAGCCCGCAGCGACAUGCAGACCAAGGAGCUCACCGAGAUCGCCAUCCUCAACUCCAAACCCAAGGUGGACAUCCUACGGGAACCCCCCUCCGAGAACCUGAGGAAGCUGAAGAAGAGGAAAGUCCUGGUGGAGCAGAAGAAGAGGCUGUCCGCCUGGAUUCUGUUUUUGGCGCUGUUCGGCGUGGUGCUCAUGGUCGUACAUACCGAGCUGCUCCGCUUCGCCAGCUGCCAGUGGUUUGUCUACCUGUACCUGAUGAAAUGCACCAUCAGCAUCUCCACCAUCAUCCUUCUCAUUCUCAUCAUUACCUUCCAUAUCAAGGAGAUCCAGCUCUUCAUGACGGACAAUUCCUUGGUGCACUGGCGCAUCGCCGUGAAUGCUAGGAAGUCGGCAUGGAUUUUUCUUGAAAUUUUGGUUUGUGCCAUCCACCCAUUCCCCUAUGAGCAGCAGUGUGAAGGAAAGCUUUCCAUGGUCUCCCUCUCACAAGUUGACAUAUUCCUGUCUAUCCUGAUGUUCCUACGUGUGUACCUGUUGCCCCGGACUGUGCUGCUUCAUAGCAGGAUGCUGGUAGACGCCUCCUACAGGAGCAUCGGGGCCCUAAACAAGAUCAAGUUUCAGUACCAGUUUGUCAUAAAGAUCCUGAUGAAUACUUGUCCGGGCCGGGUCCUGCUCAUACUGACCAUCAGUCUUUGGAUUGUGUCUUCUUGGAUCCUGUCUGUGUGUGAAAGAGACUACCAAAGGGCAGGUAAUCUGGCCAGUGCUAUGUGGCUGAUUCCCAUCACCUUCUUAACCAUUGGAUAUGGGGAUAUGGUGCCUGAUACUGUUUGUGGGAAGAUGGUGUGCCUUUUCACUGGAGUUAUGGGGGUUGCUUGUACGGCUUUAAUCGUUGCUGUAGCUGCGCAAAAACUGGAAUUUACGAAAGCAGAGAAGCAUGUACAUAACUUCAUGAUGGAUAUACGAUAUAUGAAACAGAUCAAAUGUGCAGCGGCCAAUGUACUGGGAGAGGCCUGGCUACUUCAUAAACACACUAAGCGGGGAGAUAUGGCCAAAAUCCAGCUAUACCAGCGGGAGCUGCUUGGGGCCAUUCAUAUAUUCCGCCGCAGAAGGAUAAAACACAAAAAUCUGAAGGAUCAGGUCAAUUCCAUGGUUGACAUUUGCAAAAUGCAGAUGAUCAUGACCGACCUUGACUACAACUUUAGCUCCUCGCACCAAGUCCUGGAGAAGAGGAUUGAUCAACUGGACAAAAAACUGGAUGAAAUUAGUCGUUUAAUAUUGACAGCCAUAGAGUCUCCGCAGUUGUCCCACUGACAUGGACAACCUGGGAUGACUGGACGGCCCACUUGAAGCGAAUGGAUUCCUCUGUUGCUUUCUUUACCACUGAAUAAUUGUCUUCCAAUAAUUGCCCGCUCCUUCAUUGUUCGAAGGAUCAAGGGGAAAAUAAAUUUCGGCUGCUUAGAGCCACCACAGGGCUGGUUACUACUAGAUUAGUUGACUUGACUUCGAAACUACUGAUGAUGUCUUCAAAGAGAUUAGGCUGACUGGUGGCCUACACGGACAAUUUAUGUUGCACAGAUCAUAAGCUUUUACGUCCAUCUAAAAAUGGAGCAUAUAUCAUUUUUAAAAUGGGAGAUUAUUAUUGUCUACAAUAGAUUUGUAGAAAAUAGGAUUAUUGUCAACGACAAAGUUCGGCUAAAAGAGAUCGAAACCGGCACUGCAAUCCAAAAUGAGCACCGUCCGGGAAAUGAGACACCGGCAAAAAACACUUGUGGGGCUGCCACGGGGGUGCACUCCAAAAUAGGCAACUUGAAGCAUACA